UGAGACCCCGCCGGGUUGCCCCAGCGCCGGAGCUCGCCGGGGUCCAGCCGCCCAGCGCCCGAGACACCCACGCCCGCCGCCACACUCCUGAAUGUCCAGAAUGAACCGCAAGAAGCUGCAGAAGUUGACGGACACCUUAACUAAAAAUAGCAAGCACUUUAAUAAAUUUGAAGUGAAUUGUCUUAUAAAGCUUUUUUAUAACUUGGUGGGAGAAGGUGUAGAGCGGCAAGGUACAGUCAUGGGACUAGACCGUAAUGCAUUUCGAAACAUCCUACACGUGACAUUUGGAAUGACUGACGACAUGGUAAUGGACAGAGUAUUCCGAGGUUUCGAUAAAGACAAUGAUGGAUGUGUGAAUGUAACAGAGUGGAUUAAUGGAUUAUCACUGUUUCUUCGAGGAUCUUUGGAAGAAAAAAUGAAAUAUUGCUUUGAGGUGUUUGAUUUGAAUGGUGAUGGAUUCAUUUCAAAGGAGGAAAUGUUUCACAUGCUAAAGAACAGCCUUCUCAAACAGCCAUCUGAAGAAGACCCUGAUGAAGGAAUUAAAGACUUGGUUGAAAUAACCCUCAAGAAAAUGGACCGUGACCAUGACGGGAAGCUGUCUUUUUCAGACUAUGAACAAGCUGUGAGAGAAGAGACCCUUCUGCUGGAAGCUUUUGGGCCAUGUCUGCCUGAUCCAAAGAGCCAAAUGGAAUUCGAAGCCCAAGUAUUCAAAGAUCCAACUGAAUUCACUGAUAUAUGAUCAUGUCUGUAUUGUCUCAAGUGAAGAAAACAGGAGGCACAUAUGUUAUUGUUUAUUUUUUCUAUUUAGCCCUGAAAGAGGAUGGUGAAUUGCAUACAUUGGGUAGGGGUGAAAUUCACUUACAUAUGUUCAUUAACUCUAGUGGAAAGUGCGUGGGUAAAACAGAUGGAAGACAAGAAGUUCCUUAUUAGAUGUUGGGUUUGGCAAGACAUUGUUAGAGAUAUUUUACCAUAGAUUAUCUCUUGGAUCCCAUCACAGUCGUUAGGUAAUUGGAAGAAUUAUAUAAUCAUGCAUUAUUAAGGCAAAUGUUCUUCAUGUCAAGAGGAAGCUGGGUGUACAUGGAAAAAUCAUCAAAACUACUAAAUUUCUGUGAAAUAAUAAAUAAUUAUGAUGUCACCAAAAGAA